CUAUAAAGAUCUUUUUGUAGUUUAUUUAUUCAAGUUUAUUUUACCAAAAGUAAUAAGUACCCCUAUAAUGAAUACGUAUUUUACGGAAUAUGAAAAUUUAGAGGUGCACGAGCUCAUGCUGAGAGAUCGACCACGACAAGAAGCUUAUUAUAAUGCCAUUAUGAAAAACAAGGAAUUGUUUAAGGAUAAAGUAGUGAUGGAUGUAGGGGCUGGUACGGGAAUACUUUCUGCGUUCUGCGCGCAAGCCGGUGCCCGAUUGGUUUAUGCUAUUGAGGCCUCCAAUCUUGCAACUAAAGUUGCAUUAGAUCUUAUUGAAGACAAUGGCCUUACCGACAUUGUCAAAGUUAUUCAUUCCCAGAUUGAGGAGUUCGUGCUGCCCUCUUCGGCCGAAAAAGUCGACAUUAUUGUCUCAGAGUGGAUGGGAUUUUAUCUAUUGCACGAAGGCAUGUUGGACUCCGUGCUCUUUGCUAGGGAUAAUUUCCUGAAACCAAAUGGACUUUUGUUCCCCAGUGAGUGCACAAUAUAUGUGGCUCCAUGCUCUGUCCCAUCCCUGUAUGAUUAUUGGCAAAACGUUGAUGGAGUCAACAUGGAAAAGUUCGCUAGCAAAUUGCGGUUACAAAAAUCAACAAGACCAGAAAUUACACAACUAACGUCAAACGAUUUGCUCCACGAAGGCAUUGUAUUUCAUUGGAUGAGUUUACUCGAUGUUAGUACCCAAGAGCUGGACGAAAUACGCUUCAAGGAAGUCGUAGCCACACAAAAGCCCGGCAAGCAUCAGGGCUUCUGUAUAUGGUUCGAAGUGCGAUUCCCCGGCGAAGAAUCUGUUGUGCUUAGCACAUCGCCUCCGGCCCCAGAGACCCACUGGAAGCAGUGCGUUGUAGUACUCCCAGAAGAAAGUUGUGAAACUCUAGAUGAGAAAUCUCCGGUGGCUUUUCAGAUCCUAAUGAAACGCAGUGCAAAUGAUGCGAGAAAGUACAAUUUGGAAGUCGAGCUGCUCGACCCGAAUGUAGAAGAACAUCCCGUUCCCUGUUCAUGCCACAUGACAAAAUGCAUACUUACGGAAGCUCACCUAAAGAUGAUGGACACAACAUAGUUUCGUAGCUCAAUUUGUGUGUUAGACAGUAAAUAAAUAACGCGUACAAAGUUUUA